AUGGAGGAUGGAUGCAACAAUGUCUUGAUAAUAUUUUUAACUUUAUUUUGACUUAAUUGUUAUUGAAAAUGGUUCUUGUCCAUGCUGYAGCUCUUCUGAUCAUAAUAGUUAUUUCAGUGAUAUUUUUAGGAAGGUUUUUCGCCAAGGUUGUGGAGAUUCUCGCUCAUUACUUUGCACGGCUUGAUGUUACUAUCGAUACUUUUGGGCUUUUCUCGGUUAGAGGAAUAAAAAUAAAGUUAAAUGGUCAAAGAACUUUGAUUAUAGAGAGUAUUUCACUUCAAACGAAAUGGACUUAUUCAAACUCAAGGAAAGUUUUUACAAUUUUGUUUGGAAAGGUGGAAUUGAUYCAGGAUGUUCAAGUUGGUUCCCAGGMWGUGAAAGACAAAGCAAAGAARUCUAACUCUAUCAGUAAGAAAAUGGUGCACAUUUAUCUGCUUAGUAUAGAUAAUAUUAUACUAAAGAAAAUAAAUUCAGUCAAGUAGGA